AUGGCGACUCGCGGUUUCAAGUCGCUGCGGCGGCCUUCUUUGACUCUGGUAUCUGGAGCUAGGAGAUGUUUUGGUCUAAAGGGAAUGGUACCGAGGAUUGCGACCCGGGGGCUUGCCACCGCCGCUCAAGUAUCUCAGCCUACCUUGAUGGAGGAUCACAACGCCAGACUGAUCAGCAUGGGAUACACCUUCAACUACAUCGAGCAUGUCGAGAACCUCGAGCAGUACUGCCAUGGCGGCUUCCAUCCCGUCUCGCUGGGUGAGACGCUCAACAACCGCUAUCUCAUCCUCAACAAGCUCGGACAUGGCGGCUAUUCGACUGUGUGGCUCUCGUGGGAUAUCUUGAAGCAAAAGUAUGCCGCCUUGAAGAUUGUGCUGGCCGACUUUGGAGAGGACUCGACAGAGGUAGACAUUCUUCAGCACCUUGCGGCCAGACCUGGAAGCAAGUAUCCUGGAAAGUCACUUAUCCGACAUGUGACGGACAACUUUCACUUUGAUGGACCCAAUGGGAGGCAUACGUGCUUGGUCAACGACCCUGCCAUGAUGUCUCUACGUCUCGCCAAGGACGCUUCGUUCUGUAGACUGUUCCAGCCGCGGACUGCCCGAGCUAUUGCUGCUCAGGUGGUCCAGGCCUUGGCCUACCUCCACGAGGGCGGCGUGGUGCAUGGAGACUUGCAUCUGGACAACGUACUACUACGGCUCCCUGAACGAAUCAGGCGUCUCUCCCCGGAUCAGCUUCACAAGAAGCACAGUCAACCCGAAACGGUUCCCGUGACUAGACUGGAUGGAGCUCCCCUCGACGAAAACGCGCCUCACCACGCUGUGCUGCCUAUUUGGCUGGGUCAAAAGAGCGAGGAAGUGACCCUGGCGGAUGCAAGGAUUCUUUUGGGCGACUUUGGCGAAUCGUAUAAACCCUCCAACGAGAAGCGACAAUACUGCAACGCCCCGAUCCGAUACCGAGCACCCGAGGCUCAAUUCCCUGAUGCAUGCCAGCCUCUUUCUUUCAGUUCCGAUAUUUGGAGUCUUGGAUGCUUGAUCUGGGGGGUCAUGGGACAAAGUCCAUUGUUCGACGCUUGGACGCUGUCCGAAGACGAGAUUCUACGAGAUCAGACCGACCUGCUUGGAGAAAUACCAGAAGAGUGGUCAGUCUACGGAAGAAGCCAACCCGAAUACUGGGCCGAAGAAGACAUGGACGUCACACCGGUGCAAUCCGCCGACAGGGGCUUCACAUGGGAAGACAGACUGGAGCGAAGCAUCCAGCAGAGCAGACGAGAAAACGGCAUGAAGACAAUGUCGGAGAAUGAGAAGGAAGCGUUUAUCGAGAUGAUGAAGCAGAUGAUCACCUUCCGCCCCGAGAACCGGGCUUCGGCCCGGGAGCUGCUGGAGUCGAGAUGGAUGCGGCAGUGGGCGCUUCCCGAGGUCCGAAAGACCCGGGAUUCAUGA